AUGAAUAAAAGGAUAUAUAGUUUAGUUUGUAUUGCCUUAUAUACCCUUUUGGUUGUGUCAAUACACUGCUCCGAACAGAAAUGGUUAUUUACAUGUUUUAAUGUAAAUAUUAAUGCAUAUAUAUAUUGUAUGUUUAUUCAUUUGUAUUACCAAUCUAAGGUAUCUGAUGUAGGAUAUACAAGUGGUCUAGGUACUAAAGAAAUAAACAAAAACAACGAAACAGAUGGUAUAGAAUAUAAAAACGAAACACAAUUAAAGAAUAACAAUCCUAAGGAUGAUACAUAUGAUGAAGACGAUAAAGACAAUAAAGGAUUUAGUUUUUUUAAUAUAUUUAAAAGAAAUAAAAAAAAUAAAAAAAUAAAAACAUCAUCAUAUAGUAAAGUAUCCUUAACUCAUCCAGAUAAAAAAAUAAUCGAAGAACUUUUAAAUAAAAAUGAAUAUCUUUAUAAGGUACUAUUGUUGAUGAGAAAAUUUAUGCGUGACUUACUUGUAAAAAAUUCAGACCCUUUAAAUUUUUUAUCAGAUAAUAAAAUAACUGAAACAUAUUUAAAGAACAAUGAAUAUCUUUCUAAUGAAUUAUUACAGCUGCAAAAAAAUGUGCAAGACAUUCUUGAAAAAAAUCCAAGACUUUUAAAGUCAUUAUUACAAUUAACUGAAAAAUUAGAAAACACUUUUCAAAUAAUAAACUAA